AUGACUGUACCUGUUCCAGAAGAGCCUUCAAGAGAGGACCACAUCAUGCUGGCCCUGUACUAUCGGUGGGCCUUACAAUCGCUGUCCGCCAUUAGCUACCUCCACUCUCGCUCUGUAUACCUGACGUUCUUCUCGUCUACUAAUGUGUGGUUGCGCCACGAUUAUUCAUUGGCUAUUUCAGGUUUCAUCAGCGUUGAUGGGCCAGAGCUUGAUGCCGAUAGUAGACGAGAGGCUUGGAGAAAGGAGAAGCGGUACGAGAGACGAGAGCGAAGAGUCCAGAAAUGGCGCGCUGCGGGGGCUCCAAUCUCAGAAUAUCCUAGUGACGAGAGUGAGAGCGAGAGCGAAGACGGGAGCGAAGAUAUCCCGGAAGACUUUUCCGGUGAUUGGGACCCGUUCUCUUCGCCUGAAGGCGGCCCACCGAAGCCAGCAAAAGAUUGGCAUGAUCAGCUUCAAGUGUUAGAGGAGGCUAGGCUUGGAAGUGUUUUGCUCAAAGCCUGGAAGAGCGAAUACGAAAGCGCAGAGCAGGCUGCCGAAGAUGUCAGAAAAAUCGCGGAGGAGAUGGGUAUCAAGAUCGUCAGCAGUGCUUCGGAAGUUGAUGAUGCUUGGACGAACGUGUCCCAGCAGGAUGAAGUUGAUGUCGGCGAGCCUUGGGAGGAUGUCUUCGAACUAGACGAAGCCAAAGAGAGGUGGGGCGCUCGAACGCUUAGGUUCAAGCGGCAAGGCACGCAUGUGAAUUUGCCUGUGGCAUGA